UGUGUAUAUAUGUAACUUCGCAUCUUCACCUUGAACUCACAAAGCGCACACACGCACAUACAUAUUCACUUCAAAGGCUCUCCCAAAGGUAAGAUUCAGAACCGAAAUCAGAUCAGAAAUGGCGGUUUCGAGUACUUGGAUUCUCUCUCUGAAAGUCCUGUUGAUUUCAACUGGAGUUGUAUCGAUCGCUAUGAUGUUGAAGUUCUCUGUUCCAUUGAUGAUUGAUUUCGUGCUCUAUGAAAUCCCUGUGAUUUGGUCCUCUUUGAUGGCGUGGUUAAGGCCUCCUUAUCUCUACUUCGUCCUCAAUGGAAUCAUCAUCACCAUCGCUGCUUCUUCUCGAUUCCUCCACAAACUCGACGAUAGAAAUGAAUCAGAGCCGUUGGUUUUAUCAACGCCAGAUCCACCGUUGGUUUCAUCGCCGGUGGUGUACGAGAGCGAAGCUAUGGUUGCGGAGGAGAAGACUGUGGUGAUGAACGGUCCGGAUGCUGUGGAUGAAGAUGAAGAAGAUGCGUUCGUGAUCUCGAGGAACACGUGGAAGCACGAGAGCGAAGCUAUGGUUGCGGAGGAGAAGACUGUGGUGAUGAACGGUCCGGAUGCUGUGGAUGAAGAUGAAGAAGAUGCGUUCGUGAUCUCGGGGAACACGUGGAAGCCGCCGCAGAGGAUAAAGUCGCCGGAAAUUCAAACGGAGUAUAUGUUUCCGUCGCCGGAAAAACCACUGGUUUCUGCGAGGUUCGGUCACCGGAAACCUAUAAAAGCCAGUCCUGAAGGUGGACGGGCGUUAAGGGUGGUGAAGCCGAAGCGACACGAGACGUUGGAGAACACCUGGAAAAUGAUAACGGACGGCCGUCACAUGCCGUUGAAUAGGCACCUGAAGAAGUCGGACUCGUGGGAGAAUCACGGCCGUCAAUUCAGUACUACCACGACUCCACAAGACCUGUCUCCGAUGAACGUGAAGAAAUGUGAGACGUUCAGAGACCGCACGAACUACGAUCCACCGUCGUCGAAUACCUCUUCGCCCGGUUCAGGGAAGAUCCGGAAAGAACCGUCACUGAGUCAAGACGAGUUGAACCGCCGAGUCGAAGCGUUCAUAAAGAAGUUCAAUGAGGAGAUGAGGUUGCAGAGACAAGAGUCGUUGAAUCAGUAUAAGGAGAUGAUUAAGCGUGGUGCCCAUUGAAAGUAUUGAAUAUGGGUUGGUUGGUGCAAUAGAAAAUUUCAUACAUAUUUUUAUUUUUUAUUUUUUAUUUUUUAUUUUUUUUGGUAGGGUUUUGAAAGAUAAAGGUUUGGGCUUGGUAUAGAAACUUUGAAUAUAGAUGGAAUUGAAUAGAAAUUAUUGUAAGGUUUGUGAAAGGAUCAUAUUUUAUACUCCUCAUUUUUUUUGGGGUGUUAUUUUUAGCCAAUUAAUUUUGAUGCUUAUUGAUGAUCAA